GGAUAUAAGGGGGAAAACAAGGGAAAUGGGGAACUGCAUGGGCUUUUCUAGGAAAUCUUUGAGCCCUCCCAACACCAAGCUGUGUAGAAGUUCUCCAGAACCUUCAACUUCAAAGGCUAGCAACCAAAGAACUACUGAUCAGCCUGCGGGAAAGUCUACAAGUAGAGAAAAGGUUCGGCCAGUAGAUCAAAAUCUUCAAGCUGGGAACCUAAGAGUGUACUCAUUAGCAGAGCUCAAGAUGGCUACCGAGAAUUUUAAGCCCCAAGCAAUUAUUGGUGAAGGAGAGUUUGGCAAAGUAUUCAAAGGAUGGGUGGAUAAAAACACUCUGAACCCUGCAAUCAGUGGCAAUGGGAUGCCGAUCGCUGUGAAAAGAUACUAUUUGGAGAAUAUGCAAGGGUUGGAGGAAUGGCUGUCUGAAAUUAGGUUUUCGGGGAAGCUUUCACACCCAAAUGUGGUUAAACUCUUAGGAUGUUGCAGAAAGGACAGAGAGCUUGUUCUUGUAUAUGAAUUUAUGCAACUGGGAAGCUUAGAGAAACACCUAUUUGCAAGCGGAAAAGGGUUUAAGUUGCUCUCUUGGAGCACACGGCUGAAAAUAGCCAUCAAUGCAGCUCAAGGACUUGCAUUCUUACACAAUUUAGAUAAACAAGUCAUCUACCGCAAUUUCAAAACCUCAAACAUCCUACUUGAUUCGGGUUACAAUGCCAAGCUAUCUGAUUUCGGUUUGGCGAAAAAUGGGCCAACUGAUGAAGCCUCUCAUGUAAUCACCAAACUUAAGGGUACCUAUGGAUAUGCCGCCCCAGAAUAUGUAGCCACAGGACACUUGUACGUGAAGAGUGAUGUGUACAGCUUUGGAGUAGUACUACUUGAGAUUCUUUCCGGUAAACGAGCAUUCGAUCCAAUUCGAUCAAACGGAAAGCAAUACUUAGUUGACUGGGCUAAGCCAUACUUAUCGAAUUACAUAAAACUCACUCGUGUUAUGGAUCCUAACCUCAAGGGACAAUAUCCGUCGAAAGGAGCUCUUCAAGUGUCUCAGCUUAUAUUGAGGUGUCUUUCUUAUGAUAGAAAGGCGAGGCCUUCAAUGAGAGAAGUCGUGGAGGUUCUUGAGCAAGUUGAAGAAAUGGAAGUGAAAGAGUCAUCAAAGUCGUCAUGGGGUUGUAACAGGGGUCAGGAUUCUGUGUCUCACCCGCUACCGCUUCCUUUAAGGCGUAAUGGUGCUCAUGUUAAGGUUGCACACCGUUCUUCAAAAGUUAGACGAUAUGUAGCAUAGUUUCUGUGUUUUGAAACGGAUGUUGAUGUGUUAUGUGUUUUUGUAUUCAAUUUGAAUUAACAGAAUGAUCCAAAAAAAAGAAAGGCAAUAUGAUCAGU